AAAUAUAUUAAUGUCCUUUCUUAAAACAGAUUACAUUGUUUUGUUUUGGGCUUCAGUCUUGGCGAUAACAAGUGCUAGUCUUGCAUUAAUUUCAGGCUUCCAAUAUUCUAAAUCAGGGCUAAUAACCAGUAUGGGUCUUUUUAUAGUAACAUUUUUUAUUAUCGAUGGAUACGCAAUAUGUUUUAGAGUAAAAAAUUAUUUAUCUGAACAACAGCUUACUAAUAUUUUAUACGAUGCGCUAAGAAUAGAUCCAUUUGAAAAUUUCCAGUUUCAUUUCAUGCAAAGAGAACUCUCUUGCUGCGGAGUUCUUCAUUACACUGAUUGGAUAACCUACCACAAUGUUAUUCCAGGAUCUUGCUGCAACAAUAUGACUAUUUGUAAAGAUGAUGAUCCAGCUUUACAUAAAAACGGUUGCUUUGAUGUAAUCUUCAAUAUAUUGCAUGUUACUUAUCAAGCUACAGUCGAUACUAUUAUAAUUUUAAAUGUUUGUUUGGUGCUCGCAUUAUUUUCUGGAUAUUUCUACUGGUACCUAUUACGACAAGUGAAAAAAGCUAGAAAAACAUCAUUUCUUACGUUACCAAGAAUUAAUAUGCCAAGUCUUUUAGCAAACCAACCAAGUCGACAUGCUUAUAUGACAGACACUAAUACAAUCCUAUCAGGAAAUAAUACACUCCAAAAUUUUAAUUAUGACUAUUACAAUGCUUAUGUAACUAACGAAAAUAUUAAUCCAGCCCAACAAACACGACAUGUUACAAUAUCGGAGAACCUUACAAUCCAAGAGAAUAACAAUACAGUUCAAGAAGAAGCGAAUACAACCCAAGAAAAAGCCAAUGCACCCCAAGAAGAAGCCAAUGCACCUCAAGAAGAAGCCAAUGCAUCCCAAGAAGAAGCCAAUGCACCCCAAGAAGAAGCCNAAGCCAAUGCACCCCAAGAAGAAGCCAAUGCACCUCAAGAAGAAGCCAAUGCAUCCCAAGAAGAAGCCAAUGCACCCCAAGAAGAAGCCGAUACACCCCAAGAAGAACACAAUACGGUCUGAAACAAUAAUUCUGCUGUCUACGAUUCUGUUCAGCCAGUUAACGAAAAUAAUUUAACAACAGUCACCGGUUUAAUCUUAAUUUUCGUAUCUCCAUAGGUUCCUAAAACUUAAAAUAACUUUAAUUAACUUUAAUUAAUUUUAAUAUUACUCACACACACACACACACAUUAUGUUUAAAAACCUGCAGAAAAAGGACCUAUCGUUCAUAUGCAUAAAUAUUUUAUUAAUUACAUUCUAAGAUAUAGAUAUGUAAUUUUUAAUUGUAUUACACGGAUGUUACUUUUAUAAUAAUAAAUAAUUAUAAAUGUG